GUGACAUACUCACAAGAAGUAACGCCACCGCCGCCCUGCUACGUAGCCAAGAGAGAGAAGAGAGUGAAAGGGAAGAGCUCUUUAUUGUCUUUAGAAAGCGGCCCAAGCCUGCGCGGACACGGAGCCUCGGGCGCAGUUGCGUUAGGCCUGGCACUGAAGUUAAGCCGUCGAUGCUUCCCUGAGUCUCCCCCUAAAUUGGGGGAAGAGCUCCGGUUAAAUAGUCGGAAGUUGAUAUACUGAUUCAGAGAUCCCGGCCUUUGCUUUGGCGGGAUCACCGCGCGAGCUGGCGCGCAGACGGAUCGCCCUCGGGGGCUCCCGCCCGAGUGGUGGUGUCACCACAAUACCCAUUUCGGGGGAAAUCAAUAUAAAUUUUUUUC